CACACACUGCCCUGUAACCUCAGAGACAGCUUCUGAUGCACGUAUCUGAGUGGCGGCUCUGGAUUGUCAGGACUGCUUGGGGGUGUGGCCCCUGCCCAGAUCUAGUCGUUGUGCUUCUGUUUGCUGCCCCAGCGAGAUCCUCAUGCCCUUUCACCUCAGGAAGAGCGGCUGGGAAACCGAGCUGCAACGUGGAUGCGACUACCUGCAGCAGAUCGAGAGGCAGCAGGAGGAGUGUCUACAGGAGACCCCGGUGGACAAUGAGACUGAAGCCGCAGGCUGCGGCCGGAUGUGGGACAACCUCACCUGCUGGCCAGCCACCCCCCGGGGCCAAGUGGUGGUCCUGGCCUGCCCCCUCAUCUUUGCGCUCUUCUCCCCCAUCCAAGGCCUCAACGUGAGCCGUAGCUGCACGGAUAAAGGCUGGACACAGCUGGAGCCGGGCCCAUACUCUGCUGCCUGCGGCCUAGACGACAGAGUGUACAGCCUGGAUGAGCAGCAGACCUUGUUCUAUCACUCGGUGAAGACUGGCUACACUGUCGGCUACAGCCUGUCCCUUGCCACCCUCCUGGUGGCCACUGCCAUCUUGAGCCUGUUCAGGAAGCUGCACUGCACCCGGAACUACAUCCACACACACCUCUUCGUCUCCUUCAUCCUGCGGGCUGCUGCUGUCUUCAUCAAAGACCGGGCCCUGUUUGACAACGGGGAGUUGGACCACUGCACCCAGGGCUCGGUGGGCUGCAAGGCGGCUGUAGUCUUCUUCCAGUACUGCGUCAUGGCCAACUUCUUCUGGCUGCUGGUGGAGGGGCUCUACCUACACACCCUGCUGGCUGUCUCCUUCUUCUCCGAGCGGAAGUACUUCUGGGGGUACAUUGUCAUCGGCUGGGGGGUGCCCAGCACAUUCAUCAUGAUAUGGACUGUCACCAGGAUCCACAUGGAGGAUUUCGGGUGCUGGGACACCAUCACCUCCUCCCUGUGGUGGAUCAUCAAGGGCCCGAUCCUCGUCUCCAUCCUGGUGAACUUUGUCCUGUUCAUCUGCAUCAUCCGGAUCCUGAUGCAGAAGUUGCGGCCCCCCGAGGUCGGGAAGACUGACAGCAGCCCCUACUCGAGGCUGGCCAAGUCCACGCUCCUGCUGAUCCCCCUCUUCGGCGUGCACUACGUUAUGUUUGCCUUCUUCCCUGACAACUUCAAGGCUGAGGUGAAGAUGGUCUUCGAGCUCGUCGUGGGGUCUUUCCAGGGCUUUGUGGUGGCCGUCCUCUACUGCUUCCUCAACGGCGAGGUACAGGCGGAGCUGCGGCGGAAGUGGCGGCGCUGGCACCUGAAGGGCAUACUAGGCUGCUCCACCAAGUCCCAACCCCCAUGGGGCGGCAGCACGGGUGCCACAUGCAGCACACAGGUGUCCAUGCUGACCCGCGUCAGCCCAGGCGCACGCCGCUCCUCCAGCUUCCAGGCCGAGGUCUCCCUCGUCUGAGCCACAGGCGCCCUGUGCAACCUGCAGCCAGCCGCAGAACCACUCCCGGGGUCCAGGGCAAUCAAGGUCAAGGACCACCCUAGUCCUCUCUUCCUGGCUUCGCCCCUCAGAGCUCUUCUGGCCUCCAGCGAAGUUUUCGAUAUGAGUGCGGGGAGGUCACCCUCAGACUGCAGGGCUCACUAAGGGCAAACUUUGUGGACUCCUGCCUGGUGCCUCCAUGCCAGCUCCUCAGGGCGAGUGCAUUUCUCUACCUCCAGCACGGGCUGGCUCCUGGGGGGUCUGAGGAGUGGGGCGGGCAGCAGGCACCAGCAUCCCUCUGGAGGGAGGAGCAGUUCAGCCCAGGCACCCAGGUGCCCCUGGGCCUCCAGCAGUGAGGCCGCUGUACCCAGGCACACACACUACUGGGCCUCGUGGCUUCCUGUCAUGUGGGAUCUGUCACACCAGCCUUACUCACAACCAAAGCAGUCAAGCUGCCCCCUGGGCGCUCACGCCAGUGUCACCUAUUGCAGACACUGUGGCCCCUUAGCCUCAGGCUGACCCAGCUGUCUCACAGAUGGGGAAACCGAGUCUCAGAGACAGUGGGUGCUCGCCAAUCACCCAGCGAGGAUUUGAACUCAGAGCCGAGGGAAGAGAACUACUCUUCUUCACUGCCUUCUUACAGCCCUAGCAGCAGGAUCCUCUUGGGGGCUGUGUCACCCUGAGUCAUUAGUGCCAUUAUCCCUGAAUCCCCAUCCCGGAGUGUGGCUGAGGAGGCCAGCCUGGCACUGGCACAGCAGCCUGUGUCACUGUUCACCCUUGGGGCCACGCAGACUGAUGGCCCAGCCCGGGCCUGAAGACCCUGAGCUGUAGCAGGCAGCCCUGAGGGCUCACCUGGCUGGGCUUAGUGCCCUGGAGCACCCAGGCCUGUGUGGCCUGGCUUCCUGUUUGUAGCCCCCACUCCUACCCCGAGGAGGGGUCCAAAACAUGCCAAAGCCAGAAACCACCCAGGCCUAGGCCCCAGGUGGGGAGCCCACAUUUCUGUACGUCAAACAACUCACCUCUUUUGGAGGCAUAUCCUUUUUUUCUGAGUGUGACAGUUUUUGUAGCACAGGUCCCCAACUGAGCCAGCCCAGAAGCACUACUCCGGGGCUCCCGCUAGGCCAGGAUGGGCUGGGGUCCCCCAAGAUGGUUAAGCUCUGGGCCAUGAUCACUCCUAA